AUGGACCAUGAGAUUGAGUUGGUGCCGGGUGCGAAGCCACCUGCCCGGGCGCCUUAUAGAAUGUCACAACCCGAGCUCACCGAGCUUCGAAGACAGUUGAUGAAAAUGCUAGAUACGGGGAUCAUUGUGCCCUCCAAGUCCUCUUAUGGGUCCCAUGUGCUAUUCCAAAAGAAACAGAAUGGCACUCUACGAAUCUGUGUAGAUUAUCGGGCCCUAAAAAAAAUCACCGUGAAGAACAAGUACCAUAUCCCUCUAAUGGUAGCCUUGUUUGAUAGAUUGAAUGGUGCCACAGUGUUCACCAAAAUAGACCUGAAGACAGGUUACUGGCAAGUCCGAAUUGCUGAAGGAGAUGAACACAAGAUGACAUGUGUGACAAGAUAUGGGUCGUACGACUUCCUGGUCAUGCCAUUCAGCUUGACUAAUGCUCCAGCCAUAUUUUGCAUAUUGACGAACCAAGUCUUUCGAGAGUACAUCGAUGAGUUUGUAGUAGUCUACUUGGACGAAAUUGUGAUAUAUAGCAAGACAUUGGAUGAACCCUUGGAGCACCUGCGGAAGAUCCUAGCCCAACUACGGGAACACGAACUAUAUGUGAAGCUAUCCAAGUGCGCAUUCACCCAAAAAUAG